AGGGGGGUGGAGGGGGGAUUGAUACCACUGCUGGGGUCAAGGGAACCCACACGCACACACACACACGUUUCUGUACCAAGAUAACAGUGUUUGGUUCCUGUUUGACCCCAACGGGCCGAUGCCUUUGUCACGGAGAGUUCUUCCCGUGGCUGACCAAUCUCUUGCCUCUCGACAAACAAGCAUGAAUAAGGGAAGCCUCUGAAAAAGCUUUGUAUUGUUGUACCGUGGUUAUGCUCGAGUGAGGGACAUGUUUAUACAGUAUCUUAACACACCAGAAUGUAUAUCCCACAAUAUCCCCCUGAAGUCCAGAGAAUGAGCAAAUGAAACGAGUGCAAUCUGGUUUGUUACUUUGGAUAUGCACAAAGUUAAAGGUAAGAGAUAAUCUUUUGGCACAUUGAACCUAAAUAGCAUUGGGUUCAUGUACCUGACAAUUUAUAUCAAUAGGUCUAACCUUUGUAUUCCUCUGAUAAGAGAUACCGAUUUGACAUUCAUCCCCUCACAAAGAUACAGCCCCCCCCUAUUGCGUUAACAGUGCUCUUUGAGUCGUACAAAUAUACUACCUAGUGGUUUUUAUUGGAGUCAGCAUUGCUUUAAUGCUUUAAAAGCCUAUUUGCUGUGAUCAUGUAUUAUUUCUUUGCUUGUUUUAAUUUGUUUGGUUUUGCUAAUAUAUAUUAUUUAACUAUGCUGCACUAAUGACUAAUUGCAAUAUAAAACGUGUACAACGUAUAUCAAAAUGAACUUUAAUGUUUUUAAUUUACAUUCAGAAAUCCGAAUAAACUAAACUUUUUUCAGGCAUUAAGCUGAAUAACGUGAUUUUUAUACCCAUUCGUUUUCCUGGUGAUGACAAUUGAAUGCAUUGUUGGAAGAAAAUAAAUGCUUUAUUUCGGACACUGGCGUCGCAUUCUUUCAUAACGAGACCAUUGAUCUGGGGAACUUUUACUCUGAAAAAAAUACACGUCGCAUAUCCUGGACCGGAAACGAGCGUGUGAGGAAUUGUUUACUUGUUUCGCUUACCUGCGGCUGCGGGUGUUGCAGUGACUGUCUGCGCCUCGUAGUCAUCACCCAGUUCUUCAUACGUCGACUUCUCCGGUGUUUUAUAAUCUCUCCUACGUUUUAGUUUCGUUAUCAGUUUCCCAACAAUUGUCAUCGAUGAUCCGAAAUAAGGAAUCAACGUGAAUGUGAAUCUCCGGAACUAUUUUACUACCGCACUUUAUUUUUUAAGUUUCAAGGUUUAAACUUUCACAUGCGCUGUAGCAAUGCCGACUUCACCAAAGAAAAAUGUCCGAGAAAAAAAGAGACUACAGCUUGACUGGAGGUUUGUGCAGAGGUUUCUCAGCAUCCAGAAGGUGCUGUUUCCAUCCUGGACCAGCCAGAGCGUGCUUAUGUUCGGAACGCUUCUAGUGCUCACCUUGACGGAGCAGCUGAUCAUUUACCAGGUGGGUAUCCUUCCCAGCCAGUUCUACAUGGUGUUGGCUGACAAGGAUUACGCAGCCUUCCGCAACCUGAUCACCCUUGCUAUACUGCUCAUCCUGCUCAACUCCACCCUGAAGAGCCUGGACCAGUACAUCUGCAGCCAGAUGUAUGUGGGCUGGCGGCAGUCCCUCACGGAGAGCCUCCACGCAGACUACUUCCGGGGCAGGGUGUACUACACCCUCAACGUCCUCCGGGAGGACAUAGACAACCCAGACCAGCGGAUCAGCCAAGACACAGAGAGGCUGUGCAAGCAGAUGAGCAACAUGGCCAGUCGGAUCAUCGUCUCCCCCUUCACGCUGGCCUACUACACCUACCAGUGCUACCACAGUACUGGCUGGAUGGGUCCAGUGAGUAUCUUCGGCUACUUUGUGGUGGGGACCAUCUCCAACAAAAUGCUCAUGGGUCCGAUUGUCAACACGCUGUUCCAACAGGAGAAACUAGAGGGCGACUUCAGGUUCAAGCACAUGCAGAUCAGGGUCAACGCGGAGUCUGCUGCCUUUUACAGAGCGGGUAAAGUGGAACACAUGAGGACCGACCGGAGACUACAGAGUCUGCUGCAGACUCAGAAGAGGCUGAUGAACAAAGAGCUCUGGCUGUACAUCGGGGUGAACACCUUUGACUACCUCGGCGGCUUCCUCAGCUACAUCAUCAUCGCCAUUCCCAUCUUCACGGGCAUCUACGACGACCUCAGCGCCGGGGAACUGAGCGCCCUCAUCAGCCGGAAUGCGUUUGUGUGCAUCUACCUGAUAAAUGGCUUCUCCCAGCUAAUAGACCUGUCCACUACUCUGUCAGACGUGGCUGGGUACACCCACAGGAUCGGAGAGCUCAGGGAGGCGAUGGCGGACAUCUUGCGGAGACAGUGUGAUUACGACCCGGCUUCAGGGGACAACUACGACUUUGACAGUGACUUCAACAUCCACGCGGGCCCGGCCGACACGGCCUUCGUCCUGGACCGGCUGUCCUUCCGCUCCCCGGACUCGGACGAGCUCCUGGUGGAGGAGCUGAGCCUGAAGAUCAGCCAGGGGCGCCACCUGCUGGUGGUGGGGAACACGGGCACCGGCAAGACCUCGCUGCUGCGUGUGCUCAACCGUCUCUGGGAGGCCGACAGCGGUUUUGUUCAGAUGACCACGUGCUUCGGGCCCCGAGGGAUCCUGUUCCUGCCCCAGAAGCCGUACCUCACAGACGGAACGCUGCGUGAGCAGGUGAUCUACCCCUUGAAGGAUAUUUACCCUGCCUCAGGGUCGGUGGACGAUGAAAGAAUAAUCCAGUUUCUGGAACUGGCUGGGGUGUCCAACCUACUGAAGAGGACCGGAGGUCUGGACGAGAAGGUGGACUGGAACUGGUAUGACGUCCUGUCGCCGGGCGAGAUGCAGCGCCUCUGCUUCGCUCGCCUCUUCUACCUGCAGCCCAAAUACGCAGUGUUGGACGAGGCCACCAGUGCGCUCACAGAGGAGGCCGAGGGACAGCUGUACCGGCUGUGCAAACAGCUGGGCAUGACCCUGAUCAGCCUUGGCCACCGCAGCAGCCUGGAGAAGUACCACGACGUCUCCUUGAGGCUGUGUGGAGGAGGCCGCUGGGAGCUGACCACGCUGAAGGAGAACGGGGACGCCGACGACGGCCAUGUCAUAGAGGACACCGGCCUGUGAACACCUGAACAGCCUCAGCACCAGGUGUGUGAGGGAUGAACAAUAAAUGCUAAAGGACGAGGCAAGACGCACCUCUGCAGGGCGUUCUUUAGUGGCCGAUGUGGAGCACUGAUGGAAUCGGGAGGAGUUGACUCACUACUAUUUUGCUAAAGGCAGUGUGAUAACGUUUACAGUUGGUUAUUUGGUCGUUACGCAGAAAUGUUUAGGGGAGUUUUACAAGGCAAUGUUUGGCUGGCUAACCUUUCUUGUAAAAUAUGAUUUAUUGUAAAUAUAAAUGGAAAUUUAGACUAGAUUGGUCUACAUUUUGUUGUGUGCCUGUUAUUAGAGCAAAAUGUACUUGUGCUCUCAUGUCUACAAUCAUUGCACUGAUCAAUAGAUUUUUAAAUAAAAAAAAGCUAAAAAGUUCCCUUCUGACUUUUGACUCCUGUGAACGGUAUACAGUAUUUCAAAACUCGUAUCAGUUUCAUCUAAAUGGGUUAAUCAACAAUAUAAUGGUAAGAAUAUGACCGCAAAAUCAUACGUGGAAAAGCAUGCCGUCCAUUAUCUUGCCUUUCCGUGAACUUUGGCCUCAAAGUGGAAACAAGUGGCUCCUCGUGGAUUCCCUGCUUCCUUGUAUGAACCUUGAGGUUUUAGAUGUAACCAAACUCCUCUUCUUCACCCUUCCUCUCUCACCAACAGUCCGAUGAGCACCAAAUUUGGGCUAGCCUGAUAUGAAUAAGGG